CUAUUACAUGAAGCUGACCCACAGAUAAGGCCGUUCGUUGCCUCUCACUCAUACCUCCCAACACAAACGUAACUAAAAUUCGACGUACGCCAUGUGGGUUUCCUGGAUCCACUCAAUAUAAAUCCCACUUGUGUUCCCUCUCUGAAGAGAGAAGCUUUGUGAGCCGAAGACCCAUUCGAAAUCUCAUUCAAAGUUUCUGCCUUUUAAUGGCGACCCUCUUGCUGCCGGAAGUUUGAGCAUAUUUUGCAUCUGGGUUUUUGAUUUGAGAGUGAGAUUUUGUGGUUUUCCUUUCUGGGUCUGGCUCAGAAUGAUGUCAAUGACAUGCCACAACCUUGAUUCCGCCAGGACUGUGCUUGAUUUGUUUGCUUCUGGCUGCUCUUCCAGUGCUUCGUUUAACCGGUCUUCAGUGAGGAAUUAUGCGCAGUCCAGUCGGAAGAGAAGUUGUAGAGGCUAUGGGGCUAGGAAACUGCUUGGUAGACGGCGGGGCAUCGCUCAGCGUAGAGUGUCUUCCACGAAGACCCCCGAGAUUCUGCUUAAUGAUACAGGGGUAGCUCAAGGUCCUCCACCAGUGUUGGGGUUCAAGAAAGAGUCGAGAAGUCCUGUUUCACUGACAAAUUUGUUUGAAGUGGUCGCGGAGGACCUCCAGAUUCUCAACCAAAAUCUUCAGUCAAUUGUUGGUGCAGAAAACCCAGUUCUGAUGUCUGCUGCAGAGCAGAUAUUUGGUGCUGGUGGGAAGAGGAUGAGACCAGCUUUGGUGUUCCUAGUGUCAAGAGCAACAGCAGAACUAGUUGGUUUAAAGGAACUUACCGUGGAGCAUAGGCGUUUGGCAGAGAUAAUUGAGAUGAUCCAUACUGCAAGCUUAAUUCAUGAUGAUGUACUAGAUGAUAGCGACAUACGGAGAGGGAAGGAAACUGUUCAUCAACUGUAUGGUACAAGAGUGGCGGUGCUGGCUGGGGACUUCAUGUUUGCACAAUCAUCAUGGUAUCUUGCAAAUCUUGAAAACCUGGAAGUCAUUAAGCUCAUCAGCCAGGUUAUUAAAGAUUUUGCAAGUGGCGAAAUAAAGCAGGCAUCUAGCUUGUUCGAUUGUGACACCGAACUCGAAGAAUAUUUGCUCAAGAGCUACUACAAAACAGCCUCCUUAAUAGCUGCUAGUACCAAAGGAGCUGGUAUUUUUAGUGGGGUUGACAGCAGUAUUAGUCAGAAAAUGUAUGAAUAUGGUAAGAAUCUUGGUCUGUCAUUCCAAGUCAUAGAUGACAUAUUGGAUUUCACGCAGUCAGCAGAGCAGCUGGGGAAGCCAGCAGGCAGUGACCUUGUUAAAGGGAACCUGACUGCACCUGUAAUUUUUGCUCUGGAGAAAGAGCCAAAACUGAGAGAAAUAAUUGAAUCUGAAUUUAGUGAGCCUGGUUCCCUUGAUGAAGCCAUUGGAUUGAUUAAAAGUAGUGGGGGCAUUGAGAGAGCACAACAAUUAGCUGAAGAGAAGGCUGAUCUUGCUAUCCAAAAUCUCCAAUGUCUUCCUCAAAGUGCCUUUAGAGUAGCUCUUGAGGAGAUGGUGAUGUACAAUCUUGAGCGGAUUGAUUAGUUGGAUAUGUUUUGACAAACAAGCUAGUGCUUGAUAGAAUAUCCAUUGUUGAUGAUGGGUCCUGGAGCAUGAGGAGAAAGGUUUUGUCUUCAACCCCCUGCCAGUAGGACCACCAUUUUCUGCACAUCAGUCCCUGCUUCACCAUAAACAAGUUGCCUGUGACUGGUUGUAUAUUCUUUAUAGGCAAUCGAGCUUUCACUUGAGCUCGUUAUAUUGUUUAUUCAAAUUACAGCUCUAUUGGAAAAUGGCCUAAUAAUAAAAUAACAAUACGUCUUAGUCGUACAAUAUAUACUUGGAGGUAACCAA